AUGUACGGAAAAUACUCUGCCACAUCCUACUGCUACCUUGCGCGCUGCUCUGAACUGCCAAAACGUGCCAGAGGACUGUACCAGAACCAGGUGUUCUGCUUCAUCCAUCUGAGUGUUCAGGAGUUUCUGGCUGCUCUUCAUGUCCACCUGACCUUCAUCAAACAUGGACUCAACCUGAUGGGACAAGAUGAAUCAUCUAAGAAUCCUGGAAUAUGUGAUCUAAGUUUUCUUCAUCAGUGGGCUGUGUACAAGGCCUUAGAGAGUCCAAAUGGACACCUGGACUUGUUCCUCCGGUUCCUCCUGGGUCUUUCUUUGCAGACCAAUCAGACUCUCCUACGAGGCCUGCUGACACAGACAGGAAGUAUCUCACAGACCAAUCAGAGAACAGUCCAGUACAUCAAGAAGAAGAUCAGUAAGAAUGAGUCUGCAGAGAAAAGCAUCAAUCUGUUCCACUGUCUGAAUGAACUGAAUGAUCGUUCUCUAGUGGAGGACAUCCAACAGUCUCUGAGGUCAGGACGUCUCUCCACAGAUAAACUGUCUCCUUCUCAUUGGUCAGCUCUGGCCUUCAUCUUAAUGUCAUCAGGAAAAGUUCUUGAUCAUUUUAACCCAAAGGACUAUUCUACUGACCAGAGGGUUAUUGAGAGGAUGCUUCCAGUGAUCAAAGUCUCCAUACAUUCUGAGUAAGUACAGAUAUUGUAAAAAAAAUAGUGCUGAAAUUGUUGCUUUUUGUUCAUAGAGCGCUGAGGGAUACUUGUAAUAACAGCAUAGUAAGAGCGGGACAAUUGGACAUGGAUGUCUCCACCCUGUUUAACAACAGGUUGUCUCUCUAAAGAUGGCUUCUUCUCUCAUCCCUCAAACCUGGAAAUGUUGUGGUUGGAGUCAGUCUGAAGGUCAUGGCCAUCUGUGAACAGGCAGAGGAGCAGCUUCAUUUUCAUUGUACCCACAGUAAAAUGCAGCCAUGUCAGUCAAUUAAUACUAUCGUGAUACUCUGGUUCAAUUGUAGCACAUCUGAAUUAGUUGAUAAGGUUAGUACUGCAGGUUACUGCUGGUCUUGUAUGAUCUUGUUUCUGUGAGGAAGUAGUUUCAUUUCUUACAUUUAUCCUGAAAAGUCCAAUGUUUUUUCAAUAACAUCAUUUCUCAGAGCGUAUGUCACUAUCAGUGACACAUGGAGUUUUAAAUGUCAGUAUGAGAGAGAUGCUGUUGUCAUUGUUACUUUCCUCUUGUGAAUAAAUAUGGCUUAUUAUAGUAGUUUUUGUAGGAGAUGAGUCCCUCCUAAAGAUUUUCUGUCUCUAAGCUGAACCCCUAAUCUGUAGAUACUGUGUUACACUCCUGCUCAUAACUUUAAGACCAGUUGAAAAAUGGCAAGACAUUUUGCACUGUUUGAUCAUAAGGAAUGUUUUAAGUAGAGCUUCAAAAAUGCAAAAACAAGAAAUGUGAGUAAGACAAAAACAAA